UUUAAAAUAAGUUGGAAACUCAAAAAAUAAAAACAGAACCAUAGGGCUUGCCUUGAGUGAAAAUGGCUAACAACCAAGCACAAGGAGCGCAACGCAAGGAGAAGCGAAUCGUGCGCGAUGAGGAACGUGGCCACUGGAAUUCCAAAGCUGAGUUUGUUUUGACCCUCAUCGGAUACGCUAUUGGUAUUGGAAAUGUGUGGCGCUUUCCAUAUUUGUGCUACCGAAGUGGCGGCGCUGCAUUUUUAAUACCCUAUACACUGAUGGUAAUCUUAGCGGGAGUUCCCUUAUUUUACAUGGAGAUCUUGAUAGGACAAUUUUCAAGCACUGGAUGCACUGGAAUGUGGCGUCUAGUACCCAUAUUUAAAGGAGCAGGAAUUGCCCAAAUAAUCGUAAAUUCCUACUGUAUGUGCUAUUACUCGGUGAUCAUUUCUUACCCGAUCCGUAUGAUGUCCUACUGUUUCGUUAAGACAGUGCCAUGGAUAAGCUGUCAUAACCCCUGGAAUACACCGUCCUGUGUAGUAGCCGAUGAAAUUUCUUCAGAAGGAAAUAGUACGGAUAUUAUAGUCACCUCUUCCGAUGAGUUUUUUCAUCUUGAAAUCCUGCGCAUCUCCUCAAGCAUAUCCGAAAUAGGCGGCAUAGUUUGGGAGCAAUUGGUUGCCCUUAUACUGGUGUGGAUAAUUGUUUACUUUUGUGUAAUGGGUGGUGUUAAAUCAGUUGGCAAGGUCGUUUAUUUUACGGCCCCCUUCCCUUACAUCCUGCUGUUUAUCCUUUUCUUGCGAGGAGUCACCCUGCCCGGAGCCUGGUCAGGCAUCAAGUACUUUGUGUAUCCGGAGUGGAAAUACCUACUGGAUCUUAAGGUCUGGGCCGAUGCCUCCAUACAGAUGUUCUUCGGCCUGGGACCCGGCUGGGGAGGUCUCAUCAACAUGGCCAGCUUCAAUACCUUUCGAAAUAACGCCAAGUUGGAUACAUAUUUGGUAGUAUCAAUCAAUGUUUUUACCAGUUUCUUUGCCGGCUUGGUGGUCUUUUCGGUACUAGGCUUUCUCUCAGAAAAGUCGGGAAUACCUGUAGAAAAUGUGGCUACUGGAGGUGCUGGCUUAGCUUUCAUAGCCUAUCCAGAGGCCCUGGCUAUGAUGCCGAUUCCUCAGCUCUGGGCCCUUAUGUUCUUUUUUAUGCUCUUCCUGCUGGGUGUCAGCACAGUGUUUGUGAUAUUGGAGUCAUUCGUAUCCUCUGUCCUGGAUGAGUGGAUGUGGGCAAGGAGCUACAAAUGGCAACUAACUCUCUGCACUUGUAUAAUGUUCUUAGGUCUGUCCUCCAUAAUGUGCACCAAUGCUGGAAUGUUUAUCCUUCAAUUGUUCGACUGGUACUCUUCGUCCAUUGCCGUUAUAUUUAUUUGUAUGGUGGAGAUUAUAAUGGUGUCCUGGAUUUAUGGCACCAAGAACUUCAUGAUGGAUGUUGAGUUCAUGUUGAAAAAACGACCAAGCCUGUAUUGGCAGAUCCUGUGGCAAUGGGUAACUCCUGUCAUGAUAAUAUUUAUACUAAUUAUGAGCAUCGCCUUCAUUCGAACGAUCACGUACAAAGACGCUCCUUAUCCUACGUGGGCGGUGAUUCUUGGUUGGUGCAGUUUCGUAUCAUCUGUAAUGUUUAUACCUCUAUACAUUAUCUACGUUAUGAUUAAAAAACGGGCCACAUUCCGGGAUAGUAUGAAAAAGCGUCUCCGGCCCCUGGACUGGACUCCGGGAGACCCAGAAGAUCGAGCGGAAUACGUUGCCUACCGGGGGCAGCGGCAAAUGCCGGCCUUUAUGUCUGAAACCGAUUUAGAAUCGGUUACUGGCCGAUAGGAUUUCUAUUAAACUCUUUAAAAUUAAAUA